AACCUAAUAAGUGAUAAACUCCGGGACUGAAAAUGGCGACGGCGGGGAGCCGGACCUCGUCGUCGGGAAUAUACGAGUCGAAUAACAGCACAAACGUUGAAAGCUGUCUUCAAGGAAAUUCAAGCACCCCUAGUCUUCCAAGCAGUCACGGUAAGGCGAAGAGUAGUACAGGGGAAAACUCACAAUGGAGACGUAAAGAUCUACGCAAAGUCCGAAGUGUGGAUCUGGAUAAACCUGAGUCGCUGCUCCUAUCUCCUGAGACUGGGACGGCUCCGAUAUCCGCGCAGCUUCACUUCUUGUCCAUUUCCUCGCCUGGUGCGGUCCAGGCUACUUUAUUACAGAAAACACCCCACAUUAAGCAGAGCAACUCACUAACUGAUCACCCUCUCUCGGAUAAAACGACUAAUAGUUUGUCUACAGCCGCUCAGGAAUUGUUGAAAACUUCUUUCAAAAACAGCAGCGACCAUCUCAGUCCGGAUAAUGGUGCAACCGUAACUUCAAUAGAAGUUAAUACUACACAAAAUAGUCUCUGUAGUCGCGACAUGGAGAGUAAGGAUACCCUGCGGGGUCUGCAGAAGAUGGAAGACCGGCCCGAGGAGCGGAUGAUCCGGGAGAAGCUCAAGGCCACCUGCAUGCCCACCUGGAAGCACGAGUGGCUGGAGAGACGUAGCAGGAGAGGCCCGGUGGUGGUGAAGCCCGUCCCCCUGCGACCGGACGGGAGCGAGGCGGGCUGCAAAGGGGCAGAGGUCGGAGCCGAUGCACCCACCAGCUCCUCCCCCCAGCAGAGCAGAGGCCGCCGCAGCCCCUCCCCUGGACCCCCCUCUUCCUCCUCCUCUUCCUCUGGCAGGGCCAGUGGGAAGCCGGAGUCCCCCGGGGUGCGCAGGAAGAGGGCCUCACCCGUGCCGUUUCAGAGUGGCAGGGUGACGCCCCCUCGCCGGGCGCCCUCCCCAGACGGCUUCUCCCCCUACAGUCCUGAGGAGACCAGUCGCCGCGUCAACAAGGUCAUGAGGGCUCGCCUCUACCUACUGCAGCAGAUAGGCCCCAACUCCUUUCUGAUUGGAGGAGACAGCCCCGACAACAAAUACAGGGUGUUCAUUGGUCCACAGACCUGUAGCUGUGGCCGAGGGGCGUUCUGUAUCCACGUCCUCUUCGUCAUGCUCCGUGUCUUCCAGCUGGAGCCCUCAGACCCCCUGCUCUGGAGGAAAACCCUCAAAAACUUUGAGGUGGAGAGCUUGUUCCAGAAGUACCACAAUCGCCGCAGCUCGCGCAUCAAGGCGCCGUCGCGCAACACCAUUCAGAAGUUUGUGUCGCGCAUGUCCAACCCCCACACGUCCUGUCCGUCCAGCAACUCUGGCGCCUCGAGCAACGACAGCAGUAGUCUGAAGGAUGAAGAGGAGCAGAUGUGUCCUAUCUGUCUGUUGGACAUGCUGGAUGAGGAGAGUCUGACUGUGUGUGAGGAAGGCUGCAGGAAUAAGCUGCACCACCACUGCAUGUCUAUCUGGGCUGAGGAAUGCCGGCGGAACCACGAGACGCUCAUCUGCCCCCUCUGUAGAGCCAAGUGGAAGUCCCAUGAUUUUUACAGCCAUGACCCCUCAUCUGUCUCCAUGGAGAAUGCGGCAGCGUCAUCGUCCCACAGUGAAGGGGGGUCAUCGUCCCAGGAGGGGGACUUCACCCUGCCCCAAUACGGGGUCCAGCAGAUCCCCCAGACCUACAAAGAACUUGCUGAGCCUUGGAUAAAGGUGUUUGGCAUGGAGGUGGUGGGUUGUCUGUUCUCCAGGAACUGGAACAUCAGGGAGAUGGCCCUGCGGCGGCUGUCGCAUGACGUCAGCGGCGCACUCCUCCUGGCCAAUGGCGAACGCUCCUGGCCGGGGGCGGGGCUAGGGGCCGGGGCGGGCUGCUCUGAGGUGUCAGGUGACGUGGUGGUGGAGUCAUGCUGUAGUGUCCUCUCCAUGGUGUGUGCUGACCCUGUCUACAAGGUCUACGUGGCUGCACUGAAAACCUUGCGGGCCAUGCUGGUGUACACGCCCUGCCACUCCGUGUCUGAACGCUCGCGCCUGCAGCAGCUGCUCCGGUCCGUGGUGGAGACCAUCCUGGUCAAAUGUGCCGACGCCAACAGUCGUACCAGCCAGCUGUCGGUGUCCACACUACUGGAGCUGUGUAAAGGCCAGCUGGGAGAGCUGGCUGUAGGUAGAGAGAUCCUCAAAGCAGGGUCCAUUGGUAUUGGCGGGGUGGACUAUGUCCUGAACUGCAUCCUGGGGCCCCAGACGGAGGCCAAUAACUGGCAGGCCCUGCUGGGCCGUCUGUGUCUGAUUGACAGGCUCCUGCUGGAGUUCCCUGCUGAGUUCUACCCACACAUCGUCUCUGGAGGGGACUGGCACCAGUCUCAGACCCUGGGGGAUAGGUACCAGAAGCUGCUCCCCCUACUGAGCUUCUCGCUGCAGUCCAUCGACAACUCCCACUCUAUGGUGGGCAAGCUGUCUCGCCGCGUGUUCCUGAGUGCCGCGCGCAUGGUGGCCCGCGUGCCGCACGUCUUCGUCAAGCUCCUGGACAUGCUAAGCGUCACCAGCUCCACGCACUACGCCCGCAUGCGCCGCCGCCUGCUCGCCAUCGCCGAGGAGAUGGACAUCCUGGACGCCAUCAACCUGGGCCUGGAGAGCAUGGAGCACAGCGCCAGCGAAGCGCACCAACGGGCCAAUGCCGCCUUCCUUGAGCCCUCCGCACCUCAGAACUCGCCCAACGUGACCGAGAGCAACACCCCGACGCAUACGGUCCAGAUGACCAGCGGGAAGGGAGGGAGAGGUUUCUCCGGCAACGUGGGAGCGAGUCCUGAGGAUAUAAGUGAGAGGUUAGCGGCCAUCUCCACUAGCGCUGGGCGUCCCAAUAUGGCCACUUCCACGUGCGGUGGGGCCCUGGCCGAGCACCAAAAGCCCCCCGUUCAGGCGCGUAACCGCCCCCUCAGCCAGUGCCUGAACUCUACGCCUACCAGCCAAGCCCCCAGCCUCCCCUCGCCCUCCGCCUCCCACCCUCCCCCCUCCUUCCCAGGACCUGACAGCAGUACCAAACCCCGGCCCCAGAGCUUUGUCCCCAGCAAGCUAGCGUCAAAUGCCCCCUCUGCUUCCUCCUGCUCUCCAGGCUCCCAGUGCAGGUUUCCCCAGCAGAAGCCCUUCAGCAACAAGGACCCAGAGAAGCAGCUCCCCUCCCCCUGUUUCACCCAGGCCCGACCCCUCCCCUCCAGCCAGAUCCACAGACCAAAGCCCUCCCGACCCACCCCCUCCGAGGGGGCCAAGACCCUCUGCACCUCGCCCACUCCAAGAGCCUCCAAGAUGGGCAUGAAGCUGGACCUCCAAGGGGAAAAGCCCAGCCUCUCCACCAGCGCCUCUGGAGGUGAAGGCCCCUCCACAGGGGGCCACAUGGGGGGUGCCACCACCCUCAUCAGCAGCGAGGACAGCUGCUUCACCCCUGUGGAAGAGAAGUUCCGUGGACUGGACGCCUCUGCUGAGCUCAACUCCUCCAUGGAAGACCUCCUGGAAGCAUCUUUGCCCGUUGCCGGCGACACCACCACCGUCACGUUCCAGUCGGAGGUGGCCGUGCUGUCGCCGGAGCGGGCUGGGGACGGGCCGGGAGGAGGGGGAGAGGUGGGAAUGUACAGCGAGGACGUGACGCAACACCAAAAGUGCAAGGAGAAGAUGGAGGCGGAGGAGGAGGCGGCGCUGGCUGUAGUUAUGGCCAUGUCAGAGUCGCAGGAUGCGCUGCCCGUUAUCCCCCAGCUGCAGGUGGAUAAAGACCAGGACAUCAUCAUCAUCCAGGCAGAUACUCCAGAGACUCUGCCUGGCCAUACCAAAGCCAAGCAGCCCUACAGGGAGGGCCAGGAGUGGUUGAAGGGCCAGCAGAUCGGCCUGGGGGCCUUCUCCUCCUGCUACCAGGCCCAGGACGUGGGUACUGGCACCCUGAUGGCAGUCAAACAGGUGACCUACGUCAGGAACACAUCGUCGGAGCAAGAGGAGGUGGUGACUGCUCUGAGGGAGGAGAUCCGGAUGAUGGCCCACCUCAACCACCCCAACAUCAUCCGUAUGCUGGGGGCCACCUGCGAGAAGAGCAACUAUAACCUGAUGGUGGAGUGGAUGGCAGGUGGCAGUGUGUCCCAUCUCCUGAACAAGUAUGGGGCCUUCAAGGAGGCUGUGAUCAUCAACUACACGGAGCAGCUGCUCCGAGGCCUGGCCUACCUCCACGAGAAUCAGAUCAUCCACAGAGACAUCAAAGGUGCCAACCUGCUGAUUGACAGCACAGGUCAGAGGCUGAGGAUAGCUGACUUCGGUGCUGCAGCCAGACUGGCCUCCAAGGGCACUGGAGCAGGGGAGUUCCAGGGCCAACUCUUGGGAACCAUUGCCUUCAUGGCCCCAGAGGUGCUGCGUGGACAGCAGUACGGCCGGAGCUGUGACGUGUGGAGUGUGGGCUGUGCCAUCAUCGAGAUGUCGUGUGCCAAGCCCCCCUGGAACGCAGAGAAACACUCCAACCACCUCGCUCUCAUAUUCAAGAUUGCGAGUGCUACCACGGCGCCCUCCAUCCCUCCCCAACUGACCCCUGGCCUGAGGGACGUCACCCUGCGCUGCCUUGAGCUGCAGCCUGCCGACCGGCCCCCAUCCAGGGAACUCCUCAAGCACCCCGUCUUCCGCCUCAACUGGUAGUCCCCAACAUCCUCCCACAGUCCCCAACAUCCUCCCACAGUCCCCUAGCCUCCCUAUCCCAUAGUGUCUACUACUGAAGGCCCAGCCAGCCUGCCUGCUUUUCUCUCCUCCCACCGCUGACAAUCAGACCAGCCUCCAUAACACAAGACCAGCCUACCUAACCCCAGACUGCCCUCCAUCCACCACCGACCAGCCUCCCUAACCCUAGACCGCCCUCCAUCCACCCCAGACCAGCCUCCCUAACCCUAGUCCGCCCUCCAUCCACCCCAGACCAGCCUCCCUAACCCUAGACCGCCCUCCAUCCACCACCGACCAGCCUCCCUAACCCUAGACCGCCCUCCAUCCACACCAAGCUGCCCCCAGUCAUGAGUGGAGGGCCUGGGAUGGAUGGGAUACCUGGGUAAUACCCUCCCGUUCCACUACUAUGGCCUCAAACUGCUGUACCUUUAGCACAAAAUGCAAAAAGCGAGUCGCAAAAGUUCUACUACGAAAACGGUGCUUUCUUAGUUAGUGCCAUGUUGGUAUACUGUAGUCUGUAUUGCUCUGUUUUAUCAAGCCUCUGUUCUGGUAAAGAAAUGGUUCCAUUAGCACUUUGGUAGCCAUUUUGCAAUGGUUUCGAGAAGUUCCUCUUCCCAUUUUAACCCCCCGUGAGUCAACAAAUAAGUCCUUAGAACCGCAAUCUGGAGACGACGGAGUAAAAUGGUUUUUAUCACUGUUAUGUUGUAACGUCGGGUCAUAAGUUUCCGACUCUGUUUUGUUUUUAGAGUAUCCUAUGUGUAGAAGAAAGGCAUAAUGAAGCUGUUUCAAUCGAUUUGAAUUUGUGCAUAACUGCAUUUCUAUAAAGAUGCUUUUAAGAUGUGCAUUUUACUGUUGGGCCAUAAAGCUUAGUCGAAUAAUCAUGAAGAUUACUUAAGUAUUUCAGGGAGCGGUGAUUUAUCUAACAGAAACAUUGCUAGUUUGGCUAGCAUAACGCUGAAUGUGAACGCUUAUGAUGCCCGCAUUGUCUCAAAUGUUAUUUUGUUCGUUGAUUCUUUUAUUUUUUUGAGAUAAAGAUCCCAUGUAUGAAGUUAUGAUUUUUUAUAUAUAUAUAUAUAUAUACAAUAACACCCCAAAAAGAUAUGAAUAUCUUUUUUUGGUGUUAUUGUAUAUUCAAAGCUAUCCUUAAGAGAUUGAGACAUUUAUUGUGUAUGGGCGUAAGUUUUCCAAACAACACUUUGAUGUCGUACCACACUGUUAAAAUGAAAACACCCUGUUGGUCUCUUAACUCUCGCUGUUACAAUUGAGCCAUGUGCAUCGCACAUAUUUUAGCCUUUUUUAAUAAUUUUAGGAGCCCUAAAUGCUGUGUCCAUACAUUCAAAACCGCUAUAUUCAAUAUUGAUCUACCAUUCUUCUGGUGCUGUUCCUUUGUAGAAUGUCACGCUACAAUUCAACAAUUACAUUUUUUAUUCUUUUUUUAUCUUGGCUCUAUUUUUAAAACAAAUUGUUAUAAAAUCCAUGUACAUCUGAGGUUUUCUAUGACUCUUCUAUUUUCCAUUGUGGAUACUCUAUAUAAUGAAUAUAAAUGCUGUACAAUUUUUUAAAUUUUUGGUGGAGGGAUAUUUCUGAUUUAAGGCUGACUUUUCUGCUUAAAUGUUUUACCAUCUCUUUUUGAUUAGAAUUCUCAAACAUGUUCCUAAAUGGUGUUAAUUUAUGAACUAUAACUCUCCAAGCGGUGGUGUUCUGGUUGUAAUCCAUUAAAGUAAAAGGAUGAUAAUUAAGAUGUGGAAUGUUUCCAAAGUCAACCUUUUUUUUAAAUGGGGAAUAUGCAUUUAAUUAUUUUUAUUUGGAAUCCCUUAAUGGCAAGGGUUUGAGACGAUUAAAAAAAUAUAUAUAAUUAAGCAGAAAAUGUAAUCUAUUUAAAACAAAUCCUAUUCUUUACAUGGAGUACAAGCUGAUCAAGCUUGAAGAGUUAAAUGUAAAUACAUGUGAAGUUUGGUAGCUAAAAUGAUUGUACUUGACUGUAUUUUUAUACCACACUCUUUUCCAUGUUAUUUUUUUGUUCCUGCUUCGGGUUAUUUUUCUUAUGCCUUUUUAAAAGCUUUAAAGUUAUGCACUCUGGUCUUUUUUAUAUACUGGAAGAAAAAUCGGUUUCUGUCAUUCAUAAAAGCUAAUCAGUAUUACUUCAAUUUGUCAUGUCUAUAAUUCUUACCAAUCUCUUAAUGCCUUCUGAAUCCUCUUGUCCACCUGUGUCUCAGCCAGCUUGCUGGUCUUUAUCUAUUUUGUCUUAUUUUAUGCUGAUGUGAUGUAAUCCUAUGUGCUUUUUUUUUUGGAUCUAAGCUGGACUGAAAUUUGUGUGAAAUUGUUUCCUGUUUCCUGUGUCACUUGGUGGUACUUUUUUUUUAUUUGUAAAGAACAUCUUGCUGUUUUAUUCCAGUCUCUACUACCUCAGGUGUCCUAUAGAGUCUCUUCUACCAAAGUUCACUUUCUCUCUCUAUAUAUAUAUUUAUAUAUAUAUAUAUAUAUAUAUAUAUAUAUAUAUAUAUAUAAAUAUAAUCUUUUUUUUGACUUAGUUUUUUUUUUUUUCAAAGAUUUUCAGGGCUUAAGGGCUAACUUAUAUUAGCACCUUUACUGUGCAAAUAAACUCAUGAAAUCUCUGGAUUAAUAAAAAAAAAUGGCUUAAGCUGUAUCCUGUAAGUUAAAAUGUAUCAAGAUAUUUUAAUUAUUACAAUUUUUACCCCAUUCUAAGCAUUUUAUUGCAUAAAUUGGAACUUAUUUUGGUGUCUGUCUUUAUGGUAAAUAAACAAAAAAUUGGGAAAAAGGUU